AUGAGCUCCAUUGAUAUCCCACAAACUCAAACUGUCGCCCUGGUGAGGGAUCUUGGUGGAAAGGUUGAUUUCAAGACAGAUUAUCCCGUGCCAACACCAGGGCGGAAUGAAGUCCUAGCAAAAGUGCUAUACACCGGAGUUUGCCAGAGUGACCUCCACACAAAGCAGGGAACAGCAGCCGGUCCAGACGGAGCCCCAAUCACCAAUAUCAAACCCCCACACGUCGGCGGGCACGAAGGUGUAGGCCAAGUCAUCGCGCUUGGUCCAGAUAUAACACACACAAAAGACCUCAAGCUGGGCAGUCUCGUCGGCAUCCGAUUCGCAAGUCGAAUCUGUCGACGCUGCGAGUUUUGUCUUGCUGGCACGGAACAGUAUUGUGUUGCUAGUACAAACCAUUUGCAUCACGAGGACGGCAGUUUCCAGCAGUAUAUUACGCUCGAUGCGGAUUAUUUGACGCUGCUUCCCGAUGAUGUUGAUCCCAAGGUCAUGGGGCCGGUUCUUUGUGCUGGUCUAACGGCUUACAAGGCGGUUUUGAAUGCCAAUCUUCGGCCUGGGAAUUGGGUUGUCGUUGUCGGGGCUGGUGGUGGGCUUGGACACUUGGCUGUUCAAUAUGCUAGAGCACAAGGCGCCUUGGUUAUUGGUGUCGAUAUCGGGCCCGGUAAAGGAGAAUUUGUGAAAUCAAUUGGAGCUCAGCAUUUUAUUGAUUUCGCCACCGAGGAUCCCGCGAAGACAGUCCAAGAAAUCACAGUGAUUGGUGCACAUGCUGUCGUUGUCACUGCGGGAAAUGCGAAAGCUUUUUCUCAUGCUUGUGAUAUGCUUCGUGUGGGAGGAACCUUGAGCUGUGUUGGUAUUCCAUCUGGACAACCUUGCCUGGAAACUCCCAUUUGUACGAUCGUGAUCAAGGGUCUCAGAAUCACUGGUAAUUUGGUUGGCUCGCUGAAAGAGUGUAUGGAGGCUGUUGAUCUUGUGCGAAGAGGCGUUGUGAAGCCUGUUGUCAAGGUCCGACAGUUCAGGGAGUUGCCGCAUGUCUAUGAAGAGGUGGAGAGAGGAGAUAUUGCUGGCCGGAUUGUUCUGCAAGUUACGGAAUAA